CGAGAUUCGUCGUGGUUCAAGUUUCGAGUGUGGACGAGGCUUAACGUACGUUAUAAAAAGAUUGUAAACAAAACGUUGUCCAACCAAGCUACCGCUGAUUGUUGCAGUUAAAUUUGGAAUCAAUUUUCCAUGUCUGUUACACUACACACCGACGUGGGUGACAUUAAGUUGGAGUUGUUCUGUGAGGAUUGCCCGAAGACAUGUGAAAAUUUUCUUGCUCUUUGUGCUAGUGAUUAUUACAACGGUAGCAUAUUCCAUCGAAAUAUAAAGGGAUUCAUCGUUCAAACUGGAGAUCCAACGGGUACCGGUAAGGGAGGUCAAUCGAUCUGGGGCCGGAAGUUUGAGGACGAGUUUAAGGAUAAUUUGCGACACAACGAACGAGGCAUGCUUUCCAUGGCCAACAAUGGACCGAACACGAACGGCAGUCAGUUUUUCCUUUCGUAUGCCGCUCAACCAGCGCUGGAUUUAAAGUACACUUUGUUCGGCAGAGUGAUAGAUGGAUUUGAAGCCCUCGAUGAGCUGGAGAAACUAGUUGUUAAUCCCAAAACGUACAGACCAGUUGUUGAAAAGCGGAUAACGAGCGUCACAAUUCAUGCAAAUCCUUUAGCUGGAUAGACAUAUUAUAGUGUGAAUUUUAGGAUUAAGUUGAUCAGGUUGGAAUAACAAAAUAAAAUCCUACUGACUCA